UUAAUUUUACUUGUACUUCCGCAUUGGCUCCGUCCACAUAAAAGCAGCCGAUAUUACCACCUGUAAUUCAUACCUGAUACUGGAAAGGAUCUUCUUUGGCAUAAAGUUCUGUAUCAUCUAGUACGAUGUCUUCAACUCAAGAAAGCAGGUUUAAUGAUGGAUCACCAUCGGGUGAAAUGAUCGAAGCCAAUUCUACAGAUGAAGAUUCUAAUUGUUGUGCCUUAGCUUUGACAAUCCUCUCAUGGGUCAUUGUGAUCUGUACCUUCCCAUUCUCACUGUUUGUCUGCAUUAAGGUGGUUCAGGAGUAUGAAAGGGCGGUUAUCUUCAGACUUGGACGUCUCUUGUCUGGUGGCGCUAAAGGUCCAGGGCUUUUCUUCGUCUUACCUUUCAUUGAGGAAUAUACGAAGGUAGAUCUUCGUACCAUUUCGUUUGAUAUUCCUCCUCAAGAGAUUCUGACCAGGGAUAGUCUUGCCGUCUCCGUGGAUGCCGUGGUCUUCUACCGUGUCAAGAAUGCCACUCUCAGCAUCGUCAACGUGGAAAAUGCAGAUUAUUCAACAAGGCUCCUGGCUCAGACAACACUUCGUAAUGUCCUGGGCACCAAGAACCUGGCCGAGGUCCUUGCAGAACGCGAAGGCAUCAGUCACUACAUGCAGUCCACCCUGGACCAGGACACCGACCCUUGGGGUAUCUUAGUAGAGCGAGUUGAGAUCAAAGAUGUUUGUUUACCAGUCCAGCUCCAGAGAGCUAUGGCUGCUGAAGCUGAAGCUUCCAGAGAGGCUAGGGCCAAGGUGAUUGCUGCUGAAGGAGAACAGAAUGCUGCUCGUGCUUUGAAGGAAGCUGCAGAUACUAUUGCGGAAUCUCCAUCGGCUCUUCAACUGAGGUACUUACAGACCCUUAACACUGUUUCAGCAGAGAAGAACUCAACCAUCAUCUUUCCACUUCCAAUUGAUCUUCUCCAGGGCUUCUUGAACAAGUAAAUUUCUACAUCACGUGAUAGGAAAAUUUGCAUAAUGAUCAUUGACACUAGUCAUGAUGAGUUGCAGAGACUGUUAAAUCAAUAAUUCUUGUUCUUCGUUGUGCAAAUUUGUGUAAUUGAGGUAGUGUACCACAAUAUAUAGCUCAUAAUAGAAUCAUUCAUUAUGAGAUCAUGACCGGAUCAUUUUAGCAUGGUAAUGAUAAAUAUUGGCUCUUUAUAUGUAACUCCGAGUUCCAUGUAUUAGAACAUUAUUUUGGAGAUUGAAAACGUUGUAUUUCAGUGAUGCUGCUCUGAAUAGAUCGAGGUAAUUUUUUCUCCAAAUUUUGCGCACUGUAUAAAAUUUGGCUACAUACUCUAUAUUGUAUUGUCACCCUUGUUGAAGAUGUAGCCUCGGGAAAACAUAAUUGUUGUCAUUAACAUCAAAACAUGUGUCAAUGUUAUAUAUAAUUGAAAUAAUGGUCGGUCAACAUCAUGGUCGUCACUAUGACUGUAUAUAUUUCUUGCUGGCCCCUAGUGCAUGUAAUCAAAAGGUUAUGAAAAUCAUUUAGAGAAUA